AUGUCAGACUCUAAAGAUUCCAACAAUCUCCCACCGCCCGUGUACUCAUCCGCCGCAGAUAGUACCCGGUCCACUUCACCUACGCUCUUUAGGCCGACCGACCUCCACCAACAGCCCCUGGCUAUCGAUUUUACGCAAUAUCGAAUCGGAGGAGCCGCUCUCAGCGAUGACCAUGUGGCGGUUUUAGUUCAUAACGAACGGUUCAGCCAUAAUGCACACGCCCUUCUCCAGCUUAUGCACGAGCAGGCUCAGCUGCCCCCAAAAUUACUCGUUCGCGUACGUGGGUCGCAUUCCGUAUACGGAGAUAUCAAGAGUGACUUUGAUUUGACACUCAACUUGCUGCCGUUACUUGUCCCUGAGAGUGAUUGCUGGUCCUACCUCAAGAUAGACGGCAGCCGGGUUACCGUACAAGGCGAGCCCGUGCCUCCUGCUGCAGGAUCUGCGCCUUCAGAUCUCGAGAAGCUGGUCUUGCAAUAUUGUGAGGAUCCUGCUACCAUCAAGAGCUUCUCGCUCAAGCGUCGAGUAGUCAACUUUAAUCAAGACGGCCUAGAAGGCCUGAUACGAAACACCGUGGCUAGAACGCGCUACCAAGGGACUUUGCACAUCAGCUUUCCCCUCGCCUUUGCAGAAGUCAUCGUUCAACAAGGCGAGGCCAAAAGGUCCCUCAAAGACAUAUUCUAUUGGAGUCUAGAGCCUCCUGCAAAGAAAGACCCCACAAAGCGCUACGACUGCGUCGAAGUAGUCUGGCCCUUCGCAAAUAUUCCCGUCAAUGAGGCAGGCCGUCGAUGCGCCGUGCAGAGCGAGCAGGAUUGGUGGGCCCGCUGGAAGGACGCCGUGCGAAGUGCGGUACUCGCAAAAAGGCACGGCCAUGUAACAUUGGAGGACCGCAUCGACGUGGCCAUGGGGGUCGCCACGCCUGAACCGGCCAAGGACUGGGGCAUAACCAAGUAG